AUGGCCUCCCAAAGCGCAAUUAUCGGGUUGCUUCUGUUCGCCUUGCUCAGCGUAAGCGCAGUGGCACGGGAAAUGCCGCCUUCCCGCGAAGAUGGCCCGAGCCCAAGCGCCGAGGUCAGCCCCAAGCCAAGCCCCAGCUCAAGGCCCAGCCCCAGCCCCAAGCCCAGCCCCAAGCCACCCAGCCCCAAGCCCAGCCCCAGGCCACCCAAGCCAAGCCCCAAGCCACCAAGCCCCAGGGUAAUCCCAAGCCCUAGGCCCAGCCCCAGCCCCAAGGCUAGCCCAAGCCCUAGGCCCAGCCUCAGCCCCAAGCCAAGCCCCAGCCCCGAGGUCAUCCCCAGCCCAAGCCCCGAGGUCAUCCCCAGCCCAAGCCCCGAGGUCAUCCCCAGCCCAAGCCCCGAGGACAGCCCCAGCCCAAGCCCUGAGGACAGCCCAAGCCCAAGCCCUGAGGACAGCCCCAGCCCAAGCCCCGAGGACAGCCCCAGCCCAAGCCCCGAGGACAGCCCCAGCCCAAGCCCUGAGGACAGCCCCAGCCCAAGCCCCGAGGACAGCCCCAGCCCAAGCCCUGAGGACAGCCCCAGCCCAAGCCCCGAGGACAGCCCUAGCCCAAGCCCCGAGGACAGCCCAAGCCCCAGCCCCGAGGACAGCCCAAGCCCCAGCCCUGAGGACAGCCCAAGCCCCAGCCCCGAGGACAGCCCAAGCCCCAGCCCCGAGGACAGCCCCAGCCCAAGCCCCGAGGACAGCCCAAGCCCCAGCCCGGAGGACAGCCCAAGCCCCAGCCCCGAGGACAGCCCCAGCCCAAGCCCUGAGGACGGCCUAAGCUCUAUCUAAACCAUAUAUCUGUUUCCGUCAAUAGUAGCAGCAGCAGCAGUACCCGCUUCAUGUAGUACCAGCACCAAUCUAAAUUGAAGCUCUGAGCACCGCUUAAGUCCUGUAUUCGCACCAUGCCAAAGAACCACCACAUCUUUAUGGUCGGUGGAGUCCUAAUCCGAACAUCUUUGCGGCGGCGGCCCAAAUCUCACUGGGUCGGCCGAUCAACCAGAUCUUGACGAUGCUUAUGAUGAUCAUGCCAUGUUGCGACUGCUCAACGGUCCUCUAGAGCUGCAGCAAUAGAGAUUUCCUGGGGCAGCACAAAUUCUGUUUUGGAUACGUAGGAGUUGAACAAUGCCUGUUUGGCGUGGUAGGAUGCCGCGGGGUGCUGAUGGUGUUCCUGAAGCAGUGCACGGGCAGUUGCGGACUCUACGUCCGUAUGACGUCUUUUUACAUUCUUUUCGAGCCACUGACAGUGUCGUACAAAGCUCGUCCAUAUAGGUAGGUACUAAACUCUAUUCGGAAAAAUUAUUUGUGUCAGGAUAAGCGAGAGAAUGUUCCUUCGAUGAUGUAGGGCGGAAACAAAGAAAAGGGGGCUAAUACCAAGCGCACGCGGGGCGUUUGGAUGCCUAUGUGCCGAUGCUGGCUAUUAGCAGUCCAUCACGUUCGCCACGAUACUCGUCGUAUCUUUGGCGGUCGGUAGCCCUGUGAAGGACCUGUUGAGCGUGUGUCGCGCCACUUGACUGCGCGAGCAGGAGUCGACCACACAAGACAGACGCGCCACACCUGGACCUGAACCGUGUGGAGUUGUCACGACGUCCCCGUAUCUGUGUCCCUGUAGCUCUGUCUGAAGCUUGGGUUUGCGCAAUAGUCUGCGCGUAAAGUACUAACACUCAUCCGCGGAUGAGUAUGAUGCAAAGGCUUGCGCAUCUGUCUGUAUCUAGCUAUCUUUUUAUCCAUUAUGUAAAUGAGUUAUGCACGCC